AUGGGCUCACAACCCAUCCAUAUAAAAAAUAGUUAUGUUCAGGACGCAAACAACAAGCCUCGGGAAAGAUUUAACGGAAAAAAGAAAGGAAAUUGGAAAUCGGCUUUAUUAUGUGGUACAUGGAACGUAAGGACCUUGUACAAACCAGGAGCAACUUUGGAUUUAGUGACAGAAAUAGAAAAAUACAAGAUGAAAUGUGUAGCCUUGCAAGAAAUUAGGUGGGAAGAUGCUGGAACAACUAAAGUAUCUCAAACAACAAUUUUUAAUGGGAAAUGUGAACACCCCCACAACUUAGGUACAGGAUUUGCAAUACACGAAUCAAUAAUUCACACAGUUAAGGAAUUUAGAGAUAUAAGCCCAAGAAUUUCGACCAUAACAAUAGAAUCCGAAAAUUUUGAUGCAGUUUUGAUUAAUGCACAUGCGCCAACAGAGGAGAAGGAUGAAGACGAAAAAGACUUGUUUUAUGCAACGUUGGCAGAUAUAUUUGCCUCGUCAACUAGUACAAUAAGAAUUGUACUAGGCGAUUUUAACGCUAAGCUAGGUCGAGAGAUAUGCUAUAGAAAUGUCAUUGGAAACCAUAGCCUACAUGAAAAUACGAACAACAAUGGUGCAAAGCUGAUUGAUUUUGCAGUAGGAAAUGGUCUGGUGAUAAAGAGCACUAUGUUACCAAAGAAAGAUAUACACAAGUAUACAUGGGUAUCUCCGGACGGUAGAUACAAAAACCAAAUAGAUCAUGUACUAGUAAACUACAGAUUCAAAAACAGCGUACUGAAUGUAAGAACAAUGCGGGGAGCAGACAUUGGUUCUGAUCACUUACUACUAGGCAUACGGAUAAAAGUGAAACUCAAAAAACUUGAUAAAAAAAAUCCAGUAAACUCAAGAAGGCUUGACAUAGAUAAAUUAGAAAAUCAUGAUAUAGGCAAACUUUUUGUAAACAGUAUCAAGGACACUUUACAAAGUAAGCAAAGAAUAUUCGAAGGAAAUAUCGAUGAGGGUUGGGAAGAAAUUAGAGAUGCUUUAAGCAAUGUAGCUAGCAAGACUUUAGGAACAAAAAAGCUAAAACCCAAACCCUGGUUCAAUAGAAUUUGCGAAGAAGCGCUGCAGAGAAGAAAGGUGGCAAGGCAACAUUGGUUAAACGAUACGAGAAACGAAGAACUAUUCGCAAGGUACAAAACUCGUCUAAGGGAAACAAGCAACAUCCUAAGAGGUGAGAAGCGGAAAUAUGUUCGAAAUAUAAUGGUUAAUGCUGAACUAGACUACAAAGCACAUAGGGCUAGAGAUAUGUAUAAACGCAUAAAUUAUCUAACUGGUGGAUACAAGAAGAAGGAAAGAUUCCUAAAAGAUGACAAUGGGUCGUUGAUAACCACGAAUGAAGAAUUAGCCAAAAAGUGGGGAGAUUAUUUUGAUACUCUCCUUAACUGUGAAGCACCUGAUGAAGUCUAUAGCCUUAACUUAGUAGCUGAAGAAGAACAAGAAUGCCCAGAACCUUCAUUGGACGAGAUAAGAUUCCAAAUUAACAUAUUAAAAAAUCAUAAGUCACCUGGCGAGGAUCAAAUUCAUGCAGAACUUCUCAAAAAAGGAGGAGAAGAAAUGACGUUCAGGUUGUGGAAAUUGAUCCACCGAAUAUGGUUAUCCGAAAAAGUUCCGGAAGAUUGGAAAAUAGCCUUAGUACGCCCAAUUCAUAAGAAAGGGGAUAAACAAGAUUGCAAUAAUUAUCGCGGAAUUGCCCUACUUAGUGUUGCGUAUAAAGUUUUCACGAACUGUAUCUUGUCAAGGAUAAGAACAAAAUCGGAGCAAAUCAUUGGAGAUUAUCAAGGAGGCGCUCUUUAUCGACUUCAAGAAGGCAUACGAUAG